AUGGAGGGUGGACAGACACAGUCGUUUCAGGGCGUGGCGUACCAGCCGCAAGAAGAUGUGUAUUUUGAUGAUGGGCGAGAGCAUGAGCUCCUACAGUUCGUACUCAACCAUCCCAAAGUGGAACAACUCAAGAGAAACCCACAAAAGGUCUUAGAUGUGAUUGACGAGUUCGGUCGUACUAAAAAGUACUUGAUGAAUAUUGGAGAGUAUAAGUCCAAGACUGUAGUUGAGCUCAUCAAAGAUCGAAAGCCCCAAGUGAUGGUCGAGCUUGGUGGGUAUGUUGGCUACUCUGCUAUCGCCUUUGCUGCAGCACUGCGGGAAUGCGGAGGCAGUGUGUAUUACAGCUUGGAAAAGAGCCCAGAAUUCGGAAAAGUUAUCAUGAACCUCGCCGAUCUCGCAGGAUUAGGCGAAGUGAUCAGGGUCGUCGUUGGCCCAAGUUCCGACUCGCUAAGACGCUUGCAUGCAGAUGGGUCUUUGACACAAAUUGAUCUUCUGUUCCUUGAUCAUUACAAGCCACUCUACACACAAGACUUGAAGAUAUGCGAAGAGCUUGGCUUGGUAAAGGUCGGCACUGUGCUCGCGGCAGAUAAUGUCAUCAAGCCAGGAAACCCUCCCUAUCUCGAAUACGUUAGGAGUUCCGUAGAGAAAAAGAACGAAGACCUCACAAAAAUAACAGAGUCGGACUUGAAAGGUAACCCGAAUCUGAUAUACGAAAGUCGGCUUGUGGAGGGUUGGGAGCCGAGUGGCGUACCUGAUGCUGUUGAGGUGACAAAAUGCGUGGGUGUUCACUCGUAA